GCUCUGUAGAGGUUUUACCUGAGAGCUCUGUAGAGGUUUUACCUCAGAGCUCUGAAGAAACUUCAUCUGAGAGCUCUAUAGACAUUUUACCUGAGAGUUCAGGGAGUGACCUCACCCUCUCUAGCUCUGCUGAAAAAAGUCUGCCAUCAGAGGUUCAGGAAGAGGAAGAACCAGUGCUUUUCCCUGAUGAGAUAAGCACGGACUGUGAUCACUGCCCCAGCUUUACAGAUAAUGCCUUGCUCAUCUCUGAAGAUGUGUGCUUGAGCUUGUCUGAGGAGGUUCCAGAAGGAGGCAUCUCCUUUGAGACUGGAUCUUUGAAGGAGGUGGUUUCAGAAAAAGGGGAGGGCAGCUUCCCUGUCCCCUUGCUCCAUCUUCAGCCCCCUCAACCUCAGGUUUGUGAGCAGCCAUCAGAUGGAAAUGUCUUGGAUCAGAGCAGUCCAGAUGUUGGCCAGGGCUCAGGUGAUAAUGCCUUAAUGGAGGACAGCUUGAAUGUGGGUCUACCUGCUGAAGAAAAGGGGGGGCAACAGAUCUUGGGUCAGUGUUUGACUGCUGAUGCCAUGCGAGAAACUCUGGACCUAAAAACAUCAGAGGACAUGCUGCAUGAAACUGCUCCUGGCCUGGAACUGGAUGGAAAGAAUGGGGCAUUGCACAUUAAUCUGGAAUUUUCUAAAGACAUGCUUUGUCAUGAACAGCACUGCUCCAAUGGGCAGUCCCGGGAUCCUGGCUCUUUACGGACUAGUGAACAGACACUGGGAGGGCUAUCGUUGUCCGAGAUGGGGAUGUCUACGCCCCUGCCGAUGGGGGGCAGAGAGUCCCAGAGGGAGGAGGACUUGUCCCCUUUGAAGGCUGUGUUUGACGCCCUGGACCAGGACCGUGACGGCUUUGUGCAAAUUGAGGAGUUUCUGCAGUUUGCCAAAGCCUAUGGAGCUGAACAGGUGAAAGACCUGACGAGGUUCCUGGACCCCAGCGGUUUGGGAGUGAUCAGUUUUGGGGAUUUCUACAGAGGGAUCACAGCCAUCAGCAAUGGAGGCUCAGACCCACAGCUCUGCGACGUGCCCUUUCACCCCCGGGAGGAGGCCGCGGGCUCCGCAGAGGAGUACGAUGACUACGCCGUCUUCGAGCAGAACGAGGUGACGGACAGCGCGUACCUCGGCUCGGAGAGCACCUACAGCGAGUGCGAGACCUUCACGGACGAGGACACGGGCACGCUGCCGCACCCCGAGCUGCACGAGGACGUGGAGACGGACAGCGCCAUCGACGCCGCUCUGCACGACCCCGAGGAGGGCGGGAGAAGGCUCUCCUUGGGCUCGGAGCUAAACAGUCACUCCCUGGUGACGGUGGUGGGCGGCGAGGAGGAGCACUUUGAGGACUUCGGGGAGGGCCAUGACUCGGAGCUGGCCCUGGACAGCCCAGCGGGGGCGACGGAGGAGGAGGGCAGCUCGGCUGGCCAGGUGCAGCGCCCCAGCAUGCUGCUGUCUCCCAGCGCCGAUCCUUUCCCUGCCAGCUUUCAGAGCUUUCUCAGGGAGGAGGUGCUUGACUUUUUCUGUAGCCAGUGUCACAAACAAAUUAGUCGCCUCGAGGACCUCUCCACACGCCUGAAUUUCCUUGAAAUGAAUAGCACCAGCAAGAGACUCUCAAGCAAAAAGGUGGCAAGACACCUCCUCCAGAGCGGUACCUUGACCCUGGACCCCAUGGACGACCUGUCCCGUGACAUCCUGGAGCUGGGUGACACAGACCUCACGGACAAGGUGAUGUUCCUGGAGAAGCGCGUGUCGGAGCUGGAAAAGGACUCGGCCGCCAGUGCGGAGCAGCACAUACGCCUGCGUCAGGAGAACCUGCAGCUGGUGCACAGGGCCAACGCUCUGGAGGAGCAGCUGAAGGAGCAGGAGGCGGGGGCGGAGGAGGCGCUGCAGUUUGAGGCGCGCAGGCAAAAGGAGGCGCUCUGCAAGCUGGAGCGUGAGCGCGGCAUGGAGCUGGAGAACCUGCAGAGCAGACUCCAGCAGCUGGAUGAGGAGAACGCUGAGCUGCGGUCCUGUGUGCCCUGUCUGCGCGCCAACAUCGAGAGGCUGGAGGAGGAGAAAAGAAAGCUGCAGGACGAGACGGAGGACAUGACGCUGAGGCUGACUGAGGAGUUGGAGGUGCGGAGGAAGGUGUCGGACAAGCUGUCGCACGAGCGGCACAAAAACCAGAAGGAGAAGGAGUGCACGCAGGAGCUCAUCGAGGACCUGCGCAAGCAGCUGGAGCACCUGCAGCUGUACAAGCUGGAGGCGGAGGCCAAGAGCGGGCGCUCGGCCAGCGCGGGGCUGCAGGAGUACCAGACGCGCGCACGCGAGGCCGAGCUGGAGCAGGAGAUCCGCCGGCUCAAGCAGGAUAACCGUGGCCUGAAGGAGCAGAACGACGAGCUGAAUGGGCAAAUCAUCAAUCUCAGCAUCCAGGGAGCCAAGAACCUGUUCGCUGCCUCCUUCUCUGAGUCACUGGCCGCAGAGAUCAACUCCGUGUCCCGGGACGAGCUAAUGGAAGCUAUUCACAAGCAAGAGGAGAUCAACUACAGAUUGCAGGACUACAUUGACCGCAUCAUCGUUGCCAUCAUGGAAUCCAACCCAUCCAUCCUGGAAGUGAAGUAAUGGCCAUCCUUAAGCCCACCCCCAUCCCACCCCCGACUAAACCCUUCAAUCCACGCACCACCUCCCUGCACUGCCCCUGGCACAGCGGGCACAGUGUCCUUGGCACAGAGGGGCAGUUAGCGCCUGUGCCGCAGUGCACAGUACACACCCGAUGGUAAAAAAGGAAGGAAACUCUCACUCUGAGACAAAAGCACUCUGAAGAUUAAAAUGAUUCCUGCUGUGCCCCCUGGUGGUGGGCUUUGUCGUUGCACGCAGGAGUUUGUUACUGUUAUGUUUGUGUGUGAGUGCGUGGGUGCACUGUUUGGCCCCUGUGACGCCCCUGUGUUGGGGACGGAGGGGCCGCCUCACUGUGUGUUCUGGAUUGGGAUUCUGUGUGGUGUGCUGUCCGCCCCCACGGGUGGGAGGCAGCAGCCGCGUUGUGGAUGUUUUGCCAGUGUAAAAAAACCCAGGGGCUGAAUUGUUCACUGUAGACUUAUGCUUUGUCUUUAGUCCUUUCGAUACGGAGCUGCUGGAAAUAUUUCUAAUAUGUGACGCACAGUGGGAGGGUUCCUCCCUAUGGUUAAUGCAGUUUGCUGCUCCCUCCAAACUCUUAAUGCAUUAACUGGUUACGACGAAGGGAGCUGUACACACCUGGCCCUCCACUGAGACAGAGGGAGAAGCUCCGUGCAGCUGUCUUACAAGGAUGCACAACCAGAGGACCAAAAACAUAAUUCGGAUUUACACACAUACCAUCAUAUUCGGUGUCUCAAAGCAAUCAUAUUAUACUGCACUCUUGACAUCGCAUCCUUUAUCAACUGAAAUAAAAAUCUGCAGUACUCCUCCUGCCACCUUUUACCAGUCUCUCUCUCUUGGUCCUGAGGGCAGACUCAGUCUGAGAAUGAGAAGGGGUUCCUGUAGCACAUAUUAGACCAAACCCUAUUUCAGUGUGUGUGAAGCACUGCCUACACUGGGGCGGCUGUGGACGUGAGGCUUGCCCUUUUAGGGAGAGUUCCUGUUACAAAGGGGCCAAAAUUCUUCUUUAAGCCACAAGCUUUGAUGGCUUGUUAGCCAUACUAGUUUUCUUCUCCCUGUGAGUCACCCCAUUUUAAUUGUGUGUGUGAGGCAGCCCUUUUAAAUGAGGCCCGUUGGCCUGAGGGAGGGAGGUUUUCGGGUUCAGGUACAAAGUGUAAACACCACCCCAAAGGCCAGUGUUUGUGAGAAUAUCCUUAGGGACUUGACCUUUUUUGGGCAUGUGUGUUUGUGUAUUAAACGCCAUGCCCGUAAUGCAUAGAAAAGUCCAGAGUGAGGGGGCUGUGUGUGAAGGAUCCUUGUGUUCUCAUUACGCACAUGUUGGAGGGGCUGUGUCAUAACCUGGGGGCUCAUGGGAUAUUAGUGGGAACUGAGGGCUGAGCUGGGAGUGUAACCUUAAUGGCAGAACUGCUUCAAGAAAGCACACACUUGGGGGAAGGCUUAAUUUCACCUGUCUUUGGUCCUGUUUUUUUUAACCCUAUUAUCACUGGUCACUUAUCAGCCAUACACACAAUCUUGUCACUACCUUAGUGAAACUUCUGGCACAGGGUUGUCACUGCUUUCUCUUUGUUGCGGCCUGUCUGGUUGAGCAGAGGGUUGUGGGAAGUGCGGUCCUUUGAGAUGGAGCCCAUCAGAUUUAACUGUGUGUGAUCUCCAGCAAGAGAAGGGGAGCCUGGCUUAUGUGAGCUGUAUGGGAAACGCUUCAGUCAGCCCUUUAUUUUGCUGAUCGAAUCAAAUCAAACGGAUCAAAAUGAGUUCUUCCCUCGUAUUUUAGGCAAUAAGCCAACUUCAUGGGGUCCCGGACUAGCUCCCUUUUCCCCCCACCCAUAUUUUCCAACAGGGCAACUCGACCACUUAUGAUUGAUCUGUGCACUGCAUUGGUUAAAAUAGUAUUGUCAAUGGCCCACUCAGAAAACAAAACAACUUGCCCUUUGAUUCUCACAUUCAACAAACCAUGCCUUAAAAGUACAGGAACGAAGACCAACUUUAUUAACAUAUGGAUGUUCAUAAGCAAUAAACAGAGAGAACAUUACAGGACUACUAACGGGACUGGAGGAGGGGAUGGCUAAGAGCAACCAGUGGGACAGACACAGGAACUCUGACUCUGUGAGGAACAGUCAACAAAGUGCUGCGUGAGCCGCUCAUGAGAAGGACCUUCGUGGAGCAUCAACACAUCUUCAAGGCGACUGGCAGAUUUGUUCAAACGGGACAUUUAAAGACUAGCCAGUGCCACUUGAAAACAGCCUCGAUGGACUCUCUCGCCUGUUCAACGACGGCCGCGAUUGACGCGUUGGCAUCAGACAGGCGUAUUUACCGCCAAUGUUAGUGAGGGAUGGCAUUUGGAAGUGCUGUCGGGCAUGCUGGCAUAGCUCUGGGAUUGGAGUUACAAAGCCAGAUGCGCCAUGUGUCCGACUCGCUCAACACCAUCAGAGGGGACGGGCCUUGGAUGAGAUUGGCUCACUCAAGCAGCUAAGCACUCCCUGCUUAAUUCUUUCUUCAUUCAGUGCUAAAAUGAAAUGGCCUUAGAUGUAAACUACUGUACAUGGAAAUGGUUGUUUUUUUUCUAAUCUUUAGAUGUAGUUAUUUUUUUAAUGAGAGGAAGAAGAAUGAGUAUUUAGUUUGGCCCUCUGUCGGGAAUUAGCUGUACCCAGGAGGAAUUUGAGUUCCGGUGCCCCUCCCUGGUGUUAGUUUCACACACGUGUAUAUAAAUAUGACACACAGGUACACUUACUUCACUUCUGUUCACUGAAUCCAUUCCUUUGCCUCCCUCUUAACACAGUGGCUUGUGGGAUGCUUUAAUCUGUUGAUAUAUUUUAUUUACUUGCGAAGGGAACUUAACUUCUGAGUGGCUUGAUUCAGUGCUGUAAGUCCAGCUAGACGAAUUUGGAAAUGCUGUCCAAGGAGCAAACUUUUUGUGGGCAGGUUUUUCCACCAAAACGUCUAACCCCCCCCACCCCCACCCCCUGGGAAGCUGGCAUGGUAGCACUGUGCACUGAGACCACAGUCGUCAUUUAGUCAUAUAAGCACUAUUUAUUUAUUUGUUUGUUUUAUCUUUAUGGGUAGCUGCUCACUGUAUAAUGUCUGUAAAAAAAAAAAAAAAAAUGAGAUCCAGAGACCUUGAAAGGCUGUGGUUGUAGGGUCCGCACCUGCCUGCAUCUUCAGCCUCAUGGGAUGUGGCUUCCCAUGAGAGAGACCAGAACCCACUGAGCCAAUCAGAGGCCAGAAGAGACGGGUCAGAGAGAAGCACUCUGCUCAGCACACCUGUCCGUUCACCUAGAACCUUAGCUUCAACGUGGUGGCUGUUAAUUGCUGCAUUCUUAAUGCCUGGUGGAGGACUGAGGGGAAAUUCAGCACACUUUGACGCAACUGUUCAGACACCUGGUGCAAUUAAAAGGGAGAGGAGAAUCUGUAGUUUGUCCAAAUCUUUCUCCACCACAGGAUUGAACUUUACCUAACUAACAAUUUUAUAAUGCACUUUAACACCACUCGUAAUUCACUUCAUUUAACUGCUUUCAAAAUUGCCAAAGAACGAUUUUUGACCUGAAUAUGACCAUUUCAUGGAGCAACUGCAGUGAGUAUACCUUUCUUUAGUGUGGUCUGCAUGGUCAUGACCACACUUAUUUAGGACACACUUAAACAGGCGUAUUUUUUAGUUGAUAUGUGCUGUAACUGUACACUUAAAAUGAGAUUCAGCUGAGUAAUUAGAUUAAGUAGAUGAAUUAAAUAAAUGUAUAGUCAUCGAUCAGUCAGACUGGAAUCACUGGCGAGGCUUUAUUUCCUUUAUCUCCUGACCCGUCCGCGCUGAAAUGUUGGUCAGCUGGGCCGACGCUAUGUUGAGCCAGCCCUCUCUCUCAGAAUCGGCCCUCCUGCUGGUCUGAACAGCGUUUGAAUGACCGUGACUUUUUUUCGUCUGUCUGUGAAAGAAAUACAAUAAAGUUGAAAUGUACACUGUAUAUAAAUGGUUCCUUUUUUGUAAAAAUGAAGACUUGUUCACAAUUUAGCUUCCAAGUGCCCAAAGAGCGUUGUCUUGAAGGCACGGGCGUCGCUCAUGGGUGCUGAACUCACUGCUCACCAGUUUAAAGACCCAAGAGAAAUCAUUCAUUCACAUGGUAACUGAGGAUUAUAUUGUAAACUACAGUUUAUUCUAAUUGUGGAAGAUAUUGUAUUAAUUAAAAGAUCAGUAUUGUUUACUGCUGUAUGUUACCAUUUUCU